AUGACGAUCAAGAUCAUCUACGGAGGUGCCUCCCUGAACCCAGGCUACUAUCCCACCGAUGAGGGCGUUCAAGAGCUCCUCGCCGUCCUCAAGGAGGAAGGAGUAACUACCAUCGACACAGCCCGCCUCUACGCAGGAUCAGAAGAGACCAUCGGACGCAACACCACCGACUUCAUCAUCGACACCAAGAUCCCAGGAGGCUUCGGGCCCGGCUCAGCCAAGAGAGAGAACCUGAUCGCCGGCGCUGACGACUCCCUCGAGAAGCUCAAGAUCAAGCAACUCGACGUCUUCUACAUCCACGCACCCCCCGUCGACGUCCCCUUCGAGGAGGUUCUCGACGCUGUCAACGAAGUCUACAAGAAGGGUCUCUUCAAGCGCUUCGGCGUCAGCAACUUCACCGCGGAGCAAGUCCAAGAAUUCUACGACAUCUCCAAGAGCAAAGGCUACAUCCUCCCCUCCGUCUACCAGGGCAACUACAGCGCCAUCGCCCGCAAGACAGAGACCGAACUCUUCCCCACCCUCCGCAAGCUCGGCUUCAGCUUCUACGCCUACUCUCCCAUCGCAGGCGGCUUCCUCGUCAAGACGCUCGAGCAGCUCGACGAGGGCUCCGGCAAGUUCAACGACAACGCCGUCGGCGGCCUGUACAACAAAUUGUACAACCGACCCAUCUUCCGCGACGCGCUGGCCGACUGGAACGCCAUCGCGAAGAAGGAGGGCGUCAGCAAUGCGGAGCUCGCGUACAGGUGGAUCGCGCACCACAGCUUGCUCAAGGAGGAGCUCGGCGAUGCGGUCAUCUUUGGUGCCAGUCGUGUGCAGCAGGCGCGUGAGACGACGAAGGCGUUGAAGAAGGGGCCGUUGAGCAGCGAGGCGGCGGAGGCGAUCAAUGCUAUCUGGCCGAAGCUCGAGAAGGAGGCUAUCCUCGAUAACUGGACUGUCGUGAGUGGUGGUAAGUAG